UAUGAGCUUCUCACUGAUGGAUAUACCAGGCACCGCAACCUGGAUGCGGACCUGAGGGUGCGAGACAGGACCCCCCCCACACCUUCUAUACUCAGACUGAGACCGGACCUUUUUGGAAGGGGACUGGACCAGUCCCAGUAAAAGUUCUGAUCGCAGAAACAGCCUGGAAGGUUAUAGCCGCUCUGUGCGCAGCCGUAGUGGUGAACGCUGGGGGGGAGAUGUUGACCGGGGCAUGCCGAAGCCCUGGGAAGAGAGGCGCAAGCGGAGGAGCCUUUCCAGUGACCGUGGAAGGACAACCCACUCUCCUUAUGAGGAACGGAGCAGGACCAAGGGUGGUGGGCAGCAGUCUGAACGUGGCUCAGACCGCACCCCUGAGCGCAGCCGCAAGGAGAACCACUCCAGUGAAGGGACCAAGGAAUCCGGUAGCAACUCCCUUAGCAACAGCAGACACAGAGCUGAAGAGCGGGGCCAUCACCACCACCACCAUGAAGCCCCAGACUCUUCUCACGGGAAGAAGACAAGAGAGAGCGACCGCAAUCAUCGGACCACUGAGGCCGAGACCAAGCCUCUUGAAGAGCCAAAACAUGAGACCAAAAAACUAAAGACUCUUUCAGAGUAUGCUCAGACACUGCAGCUAGGUUGGAAUGGGCUUCUAGUGUUGAAAAACAGCUGCUUUCCAACAUCUAUGCACAUCCUGGAGGGGGACCAGGGAGUUAUCAGUGGUCUCCUCAAAGACCACUCUUCCGGGAGCAAGCUGACUCAACUGAAGAUUGCCCAGCGCCUUCGACUGGACCAGCCUAAGUUGGACAAGGUCACGCGUCGCAUCAAACAGGGGAGCCCCAAUGGCUAUGCAGUGCUCCUAGCCACCCAGGCAACCUUUAGUGGGCCUGGCACUGAGGGGAUGCCCACGGUGGAGCCAGGCCUACAGAGGCGGCUUCUCAGGAACCUGGUCUCCUACUUGAAACAGAAGCAGGCUGCAGGGGUGAUCAGCCUGCCAGUGGAUGGAUCCAAGGGCAGAGACAGCACAGGCAUGCUCUAUGCCUUCCCUCCCUGCGACUUUUCACAGCAGUACCUCCAGUCAGCACUGAGGACAUUGGGCAAGCUAGAAGAAGAGCACAUGGUGAUAGUUAUAGUGAGAGACUCUGCCUAGCCCAAACCUGUCUUUUCCAGCUCCAUGUUUGUGUCACAAAAGCAGUUAUUUUAAAAUCUGAUCCCUUCUCAACCCUA